CUUGGAAGAGUUGGUGAGUCGCCAGUACGAGGUUUGCCAGCAGCACGAGCGCUGCUCGCAACCCACACUAGAGACUGAACUCUCUUCCGGAAUAUAAAACUUUGACAACACACUAAGACCAUGGACAUACUGGGGGCUGUCGGCGGUGAAGGUGGCGAUGAGGACGACAAGGAGAAGGAGGAGGAGGCCGAGAGGGAAAGGCAAGAGGCCAUCCGAGAGGCCGAGGAACGACGAAAAGAGAAACAUCGCAAGAUGGAAGAAGAGCGAGAAAAGAUGCGUCAGGAAAUCAGGGACAAGUACAACAUAAAGAAGAGGGAGGAGGUACAGGAAAUGAUGCCUCAAGAGGAGCCUAAUCCGCUGAUGCGCAAGAAAAAGACGCCGGAAGAGCUCGCAGCCGAGGCUGAAGCGGAGGACGAGGAUGAGCUCACGAAAUUGAAAAACACGAUAACAACGCAGGUGGACGAGCUGAAGACGCAAAUUGAGGCGAGAUGUAGCCUGCAAUGAGUCCACCUUGUCGAGCAUACCUCCGCCGGAGCCACAACUACCACCGUUACCAAAACCUCUACCCACCCAAAGACGACAAAGAGGAAUGAGAAGACGACGAAGAAAAAGGAGGACUAUCAUUCACUCUCAUGGCCCGGCAAAAGUUACAUCAGUACAUGCACUUUCACGACGAUCUUGGUUCCUUGGGCCUGAGACGUCACAAAAAAAGAGAGAGAGUGUGCCCCCCCCCCCCCCCCCCCCAGACGACGACGGCAAAGCAUCACAAAACAAUAUUACACGUUCACACAAAAAAUGUUAAUGAAAUCCUUCUCCCUUUCAAAAAAGACAACCUCCGACACAAGAUAUACUCCCGUUUACAGCAAUAGCGUGCUUUACUUCGACGAAUAAUUGUCGUCGGUAGAUGAGAGGUGAACAAGUGAAUGGUGAUGCUGAUGAUUACAACAACAAAAAGUAUCUAAUCUCUAAGUUUCUAGUGAACAAAAUGAAAAAAAAAGUACGAUUUAGCUAAAUCUAAGCAGUAGCGGAGUUAUAUAGUUGCUAGUUCAACAAAAAAAACAUGACGGCUGUUUCAAUAAUAAUAAUAAUAAAUAAUAUUAAUACCAAUCAAUGAUUCAUAGAUAUCGUGUGCGGCGUGGCGCAGAUUAUUGUAUUGUAUAGAGGUUAAUAGCCGACAAAUCGAUUUUGUGUUAAAAUAACGAGCAAUUAUUAAUGUCAACAUUAUUAUGAUGAAUUAAAACGGUUGUAAUUAUACUUUAAUGUUCACAUCGGUCAACAAAUUUUACACUUAAAAACCAGACUAUAUUCUUGAAGAUUUUUGGUGUGCUGAAUCCAAGUCUUUACCACGUCAGAAUUUCAAGAUAUUCUAACUCAAAAGUCCAAAAUCACUGUUUUUCCGGAUUUUUAGGCUCAAAUAACUUUACAAUUUUUAUUUUAUUCAAAAUCCGGAAAAAUCAUUUAAAAAGAGCAAUUUUUGAAUUUUUAUAUUAUUGCGUCGAGAUUAUAGCUAUACUUAUAUCAUCUGAGUCCUAUCUAUGGUGGGUUCAUUGCUGAUGAGUUUCAGGUUAUAGUUUUCAGCCUACUUGGGUAUUAACACAAUCUUUAUAUGUAAAUCAUUACUUUUAUGAAUCAUUCUUAAUUCAUGAUAAUUUUAAUAAUAACCGAAAUAUUAAAUGCUGUAAUUGUUCUUCCAUAUUAUGGACAUAAGAAAAAUUUGAUUUUUCCAUGUUUCAAUCGGCAAUAUUUCGGAGUAAAAAAAUUUAGAGUAAUGAAAUCGAAAAUUCAAAAGAUGCUCUUUAUAAUGAGUUUUCUAGAUUUUAAAUAAAAUCAAAACUCGCAAAGUUGUUGGAGUCCAAAAACAGGAAAAAUAACAGUAUUUUUUAGAUUUUUAGAUUAAAAUAUCUCGAAAUCCUGACGUGAUUGAGCAAUUUUGAUGCCGGAUUUAGAUUCAGUGUACUAAAAGUCUUUAGGGUCGCAUGUUUCCGUUUAUGAGUGUGAAAUUAAUGGAACAUUUGUUAACCUAUAUUAUUAUUAUUUAUGAUGAGUCGACGUCAAGUUUUAAAGUUAGACGUUAUACGUUAUUAUAAAUAUAAACAAAACAGACAAGCAAACCGUUGCAAGUAUGUUUGUAAACAAUUAGACGCGUUUGUAGUUAUUAGUCGAUUUUAAAAAAACUGAGAGAAAGUGAUGAUGUGUGAAAGAGAGAUUGAGAAUGAGAGAGAACAGAGGAAACUAAUGGAAAAAACCAUUUUUAACUUAAAAGAAAAAACUUGAAGUAAGGAUUGAUUGGUACAAAAUCGUUGAGAUUAUGCGAGUGGACGGUAGUUUAUUGUUCGGCCAUCCGUCCGACCAACGGCCCAAAUUAACCGCUCGAGACGCUCGUGGUCGUGAAAAAAAAUACGCGCACGCCGCGCAUUGUUAUUAAUUGUUGUUGUUAAAUUUUUGCUAUUAAUCCCGAUGGCGAUAACCGAAACACACACACACACACACACACACACACACACACACACACACACACACACACACACACACACACACACACACACACACACACACACACACACACACACACACACACACACUUUCCCUACAUUCAUCAAGUUCGAUUAAUUUUUACUGAUAAAAACAAGUGACGCUAGAAUCGUUGUAUAUGUGUGUUUAUCUGUACUUCGGUUACCGAGUGAAGAAAAAAAAUCCACGGCAUAUGAGACAAAAGAAAUCGUAGAUAAAUGCUAUGUAGUGGUUGUUCAACAAAAAAUAUAAAAAGUUUGGUAUUAUGACCCGAAGUCGUACGACACGAAAAAAAUGAGACGGUGAUUUGAAUCACACGGUACGUUUUUAAAUUUUUUAUGACACAACAUAACUUGGCAAAUUGGCGUGGAUAAAGAGAAAGAGAGAGAGAGAGAGAGAGAGAGAGAGAGAGAGAGAGAGAGAGAGAGAGAGAGAGAGAGAGAGAGAGAGAGAGCGAGAGAAAGAGAGAGAGAGAGAGAGAGAGGAGAGAGAGAGAGAGAGAGAGAGAGAGAAAAUAUCGUCCGUUAGCGCCUCGAGCUUUAUAAACUGUUUACUUUGGGCCGUAUGCGCGAGCGCGGGCUGUUGUUGAAGUCGAUUAAUAAAUAGAUUUAACAAAAUCACGUUCGAUGUUGAGGAUUACAAAUCGCGCAUGUGCGGCGGAUGGUUCGCAACCAACUGCCGGCAGGUGAUGCAUGCCUUAAUAUAUAAUUGUACUUUUACCAAAAGGGUUCAAAACGAUAUGUACAUGUACACUCGAUAAUGGAAAUAAAAGAAAAUUAUACACAUCGACACACGUAGAGAUGUUGUUGAAUCACUUUACAUUACACAAUACUCGAACACAGAUAACAAUAAAUUGAUCGUUUGCGUGCGUCAAAAACAAAAAUAUAUGUGUGAAUGUGUGCGUCGUAAACACGUGCGAUUCUGCGCCAUCAAGUAUUAACAAAAAAAAGGUUCAUAAGAUCUUAUAAAUUGAUCAAGAUGGAGAAACGGCUUUUAUUCAAGGAUUGCUAGCACGUGAAAGUUAUUUAAAAAACGUAGAAUUUACGUGUGCGAGGCACAUCCAUAUAAUAGCGGAAUACAAAACGAUAGAAAAAUUUGAGAUAUAUAUAAAUGGCUUUGCGUUUAUUAACAGACCAGGUUCGUAAAUAUGUUUUUACAUGUUUAUACUAUCAGGUGAAAGUUUAAUAUAAGAGAAAAUAAUUAAACAAACAAACAAUCUAAGGUUAAUAGAAAAAUUAAGUAGAAAAAAGUUAUACUAAUCUAUCUUCUUAUGGAACUGAAAAUACACUAAUUAACGAACAGAUUUUGAAGAGGAUUAUAUAAAAGGAGGGCGAAAGUAUCGUACCGUGUUGCGACGGAAGCAAAAAAGCGACCUUAAUAUUUUUGCGCAUGUACAGACUUUGACAAAAAAUAUAAAAACCUUAUUGAUCGAGUGGAAAACGAAUGAGAGAGUUAUAACAUUAUUGAAAGAAUGUGAGAGAGAAUAAGAUGAUACUUACCAAGUUACAACCAAAACGAAAAAAACAGAAAAAAAAAUGUUUCACCGAGUUAAAAACAAUGAUGUGAAAAAAAAUUAUGAUAAACAAUCACGUGCGUGAUGCUGUUUUUGUAUUGAUAAAACAAUGAGCAUGAAUAUAAUGUAUUUUUUUAAUUUCAAAAAACGUAAAGUGUUAUAUAAAAACUGUGGCGACAGUCGAACGCGUGACAUAGGACAAGUAAAAUAUAUACGCGAAACGCAGUUCAGUCUAUAUUUUCGCUUUAUAACAGCAUGUUAAAUUGAAUGUAUAACCUAUAAUCUUAAUUUUUUUUAUCUAAGGGAGUUCUCGAUUUUCGCAAAGUAUGAGGAUUAAAACGACAUAAAACAGACGUGUUUCAAAAAUGCAAAAAACACGCAAAUUUCAAUUUCAAAAAACGAAAAUACACAGAAUUGCCACGAGGUUAAUAAAAAAAUACAGUUGAUAAUGUUACCACCAAGCUUUCACACCUUGUAUUAACCAUCGAAAUCGAGUUAGCGAGUUUUCUAGCAAAAGUAAAUGAGUCACAAAACCAUUAUAUUUUAAAUUGUUCAUGAUAAACAGAGAAGUCUCAAUGAUAUUAGGCUUCACUAAUAAACAAAAAGAAUACGCUAGAUUUGUACAAAAAGACAACAUUGACGCUAUGACAAUAUGAUUUUCGAAGGUUCAAUACAACUACAAAAAGUAUGCGAGUGUGCACAAAUAAAUUUCGAUCAAAUUGUUUACUGCGCGCGUUUCAUGUUAAUAACUUUGAUAAUCAAGCAAAAAGUAAAAAUACACACACAAAUCGACUUGCACUUCUUUAAACUUUGCAAAAAACAAAGAAAGAAUGUCGCUGCUGCACAACUCUACGCGCGAUGAUGACGACGCUGGAACCGAAACCAAAAAAAUCUCCCAAUUAUAAAAAAGUUUGAAGAGUCAAUGAGUUCCAGAGUCGCUUAUCAAAGAUUCUUGCAAACAAAAAUUCACGUGCAAAUUUCUUCUUUCUAUGAACGCAAAAAUCGUGAGGUUGACACACAAACAACAACCAGCAAUCGCAAAUUAUUUGUUCGGUUUCUUUUCGGGAGUUUUCAAUGUUCAUUGAGGACUCCAAUGAAGCCGAAGAAGACGCGAUGUAGCGCGUUGAAACGAAGAAUGAAACAAAAAAAAAAAACAAUAAAUCACCAAAACGAGAAACACGUCACUUCAAUAAAACAAAGAAAAAAUAAGAAUAAUAAUGAACUUUUAGCCCGCAGGAUCUGCUAACACAAGAAAAAUAAAAAAUUACAGUCUGUCUCUCUCGUGUCUCGAUGUUUGCAUGCCUGUUCUUCUAUCUAAAUGUGCUUAUAUAUACAUUACGACUGUCAAUUCUUCUCUCAGAGGAGAAUAAAACAAAACUUUUACUCUCUCAAAACACCUCCUGUGCUGCAGCUUUUACUCGUCGUCGGAAGCUCGGUCGGUGAGGAUCUCGAAAGUUAUCCGAUCAAUUUUUUUAGAGUAUAGCCCUAGUGAUUGUCAUAGGCCGAAGAACUCAGUUUAAAAAUAAAAAUAAAAACAUUAUAACAAAACAAAAAGUGAGAGAAACGAAGGGUAACGAAUAGCAUAUCAGUAAUUAAUAGUGAUUGAUGCGGCCCUAUUCCUCAACUCGCGACAGCUCUCAAGGGUUAUUUUACUCUUGGGAGCAUAUUUUUCUAACAAAAUUUCCCGUAAGAUCCAGGAUUAGCUUUCCGUUUCGUAGUUUUGAUCCGUGAUGGCGACGUUGCCGCAUGUCAAAUUUUUUAUUCUUAAACAACUUAAGCUUUAUUUAAAAAUUUUAUGACUUUCUAAGCUCUCAAUACAAUUUAAAGCAAUAAAAAAAUCUUUUAAUUCGACAUUCUAGACUAAAAGAAAAUAAGCAAAUCUCAAAAUAAUUUAACAGCCCCAGUCGAACGUUCAUGCCAUUACGAUUAAUGUUGACCAUAUUCACAGAGAAAAAUCCUGAGUUGCGCUCUAGUCGAAGCCAAGAAAAGGAAACAAAUAUUCUGUCGCGAGUGUGGGGCUGCGAAAAAACUCCUCAUGGUACCAAAAACAUUAAAAAAGAUAAAUAAAAUCACCUAAGUGAAAGUAAAAGAAUAAAAGAAUAAAAUUUAAAAAAAUGCAGAUGCAUAUAUUUUGUUACGUGGCCGUUUGUUGACGAAAGCGUGCUGAUGGAGGAGGCUCGAUUGACUAAAAAAUAUCUACUAGGAGAAAAAAGCGUCGGCGGAUAACUUGCGAGAACCCGGCUCACGCGCGCUCUUUCUCUCUUGUAAAAUCAUCGAUUUCUCGAAAAAAAUCAUUAAUCACAAUGUUUCUAAAAAGAUUUCAAACAAAAAACAAAAAAUAUAAAUAGAUGAAGACGCUUUCAACGUAUGUACCUUUGUCGAGCAUCUCUCCUAUAAAAAUAAAUCUUGUUCUACUUACUUCAGAGACAUUUAUAGACAUAUAUAUAUAUAUAUAUGUGUGUGUGUGUGUGUGUGUGUGUGUGUGUGUGUGUGUGUGUGUGUGUGUGUGCGUGUGUGUGUGUGUGUGCGCGUGUGUGUCUGUGUAUGUACGCGCGCGCGCAUGCAUGUAUAUGUAUAUAUAUAUGUACGUAUACAUAUAUAUAUGUAUAUGUAUAUGUAUAUUAUUGUACACACACGUCUUCACUCGAGACAACGAUUGACGCUACUCCUUUUUGACAGUCAGUAAUGAAUAGAUUUGAACGAUUGAUAUGAAUUUCGUUGGGAAGCGUCGAUCGCUCGUUUCUAACUCCUCUGUCCAAAAUAAAAAAAAAACAAUACUCUGCCGUGAAAAAAUAUAAGAAAACUAUAUAUAUUCAGCAACAAAAAUACAAACAAUAUACUUGAAGUCAAUUACUCCUAUUAUAUUUAUUAUUAAAAAUAAAAAAGAAGAAAAGUAUACCGAGAUCAUAAGUUUACUCAUAUAGCGACGGACAGUUGUACGAAUCAAGAGAUUAGUACAAUCAAGAAAUAGAGAAAUUUAUUAAUCCCCAAGAUUGACAGAAAAAAUAAAAAGAAUGUGCAAGCAAAAAAUAUACGAUAUAUUAAUAUUAUUAUAAUAACCAUUUACCUAAAAAAUAAACGUAUCAUGAACACGCAAGUUGACACGAACAAACACUUUCCAACUUUUCUUUGGCCUUCUUCGUUUUCUUCACCUGCAUAAGUAUAAAUACUAACAUGCACGAAAUAGGACAACAACACAAAAUCCUCCUUGACUUUAAGUGCAAAAAAAAUACAGAAAUUCAAGCGAUAACAAAUUCUCUUUGUGUAAACGCAAAAAGCAACAAAAAAAGAAUAAUACUUCCGAUAUCUCUUGACUCGCGCCUUCGAUGUUUCUACAUGCAUGUAAACUAUAUUUCUCUUAUAGCUGAAUCAUGUGAACUUAGCAGCUUAAUUGUACGCUCGAUAUCGAUGAACGAGUCCAGAUGAAUUCACUUUGCCGUUUUUCAAAUACAUAAAACGCAAUAAAAAGGAAAAGUUUGAUUUUUUUCGUAGUAACUUUUGGAUUUAUCAUGCUCUUUUCGACUUACACACAUCAAAGGACAUAAAAAUACGUAAAAAUUCAUCUGGAUCUCGAUCGGAGAGAUUUCUUCUCUAUUUCCUCGCAACUUUCUAGCGAGACAAACUCGUAGCAGUGACAUUCGUCUGUAUCUAUAAUAUACAUAAUUUAUUGAUGUUGUAAAUAAUAAAAAAGAAAACCAAGUAAAGAAUUAAGAAAAAAUA